AUGGUUGUCAAAAUCAAGCUUGUCAAUAAAGGGUGCAAGCAUAACCCUCUUUGGUGGUUCAUUGUACAAAAGCCUCAGAUGAAGCUCACAGGAAGAUAUAUUGAGAAAAUUGGAUACUGGAGACCAAGAAACAGAAAGACUUAUGAUAGAUCAAUUUCUCUUAAUAUUCCAAAAGUUAAAUAUUGGCUCGGUAAUGGAGCUCAGCCAACAAAACCAGUCAAAAGAUUGCUCACUGAGUUUGACUUGUGGCCCAAAGUACCACCUCCACAGGGUUCAAAGUAUGCUUAUGAAAAGCCAAAGAAAGUUUACUCUGAACACUCCAUGAAUAUUCUUUUGAAGACAUUUAAGAUGGAUAGAGACACUCCAAUCAAACAGAGGAUCCAGGAUGAGAUUGCUAAGUUAAAAACCCUGAAUAGCUUCGAGCGGGAUAUGUUAGGAAGCUACAAUAUUGAUAAAAUGCAGACUACAGACAUAGAUACAGAUGAGAACAAUGUUAUUGAAAGAAACAUCAAGUUCAAUGAGCUCAAGAGAAGAUUUGACAAUCAUAAAAAGUAUUCUCUCGAUGUUAUGAAUGCAAAUGACUACAAGUUUAAUAACUACCUUAGAAAAAUGAACAAGCUGGCAAUGAACAAGUUUGGAGGCCUCGACAUUGAUGGCUAUACUGAUUACCUAAAUAACCUCAUGGAAUUUAAGAAGAUUGAUAAAGACUUAAUAUUGGACAAAGAUCCUCAUCUUAACGACAAACUCCAUAUUGAUUACACAGGUAAAGAACAAAAAGGCCCAAGAACUGGAAAGCCAAUGAAUCAUUCUUACAACUUUGAAGAUAUCACUACCAUUCAAAACAAGGUCAGAAGGCUCGCAAAGAUGAAGGAAACCUUAAUUGAAAUCCUAAGAGAUGAGAUUGAAGAAAGAAACAGAUAUGAAGUGUCCCAUAAAAUAGGAGAUGAAGAUAGAUUGAAACUCAAUUUAUACAAGCAGACUAAAGAUAAAAGCGGGUUUUCGGAAGAUACUGAAGCACUUUACCAGGUCACUAAAUCUCAUAAAGAAAUGAAUGCAUUUGAAUCAAAUCAUGUUGAUGCUCUUAAAGCAUCUCCUGAAUACGGAACCCCUUCAAACACGAUGGAAAUGAUGAUCCCCACAGAUGAGAUACAAAAUAUGACUCAGGAGGAAUAUGAUGCACGAGUACUCAAUGAUGAAGAUAAUUUUGAUGAAAAUAGACCAUUUUUCGAAAAUGAAAAUGAAUUCUUGGAGAAGUAUGACGAGGUUGAUGAAGAGAUUACACUCACCAUUGUUGAAUACCUUCAUCUAAAUCCUCACUUGUUCAGAAAGAUCAGGUUCCUUCAGAGAGACAAUGAAGCUUUAAAUGAGGAAACACUUCCAGAGAUGGCUAAAUUAAAAGCACUUCAGAAAAGAGUGGAAGAGAAGGUCCUUAAGGAAAGCUUAACCUCAGUCCCAAUCUGGGUUGAGAAUACAGAUGAUAACUUUAAAAGAGAAUACAUUUCUAGAGGAAACUCUUUCUUAAAGAAGUACAAUGCUUAUGAACUGACUCCUGACCCAGAAGGAGAAUUUGAAACUAUUAACCCUACUUAUGAUCGUGAAGAAGAAGAAGAUCUUCCAGUUUAUGAUGGAACGCAUAAUUAUGUUACCCCUGAAGAAGUAGACAGGAUCUCAACAGCCACCAAAAUUCUUGUAGAAGGAUAUAAAAGGGUACAGCAAGGAAAGAAGAAUGUUUCCCUUUCAGACAUCCUGAAGGUAUUAAACAUCAGACAGGAAGAGCCAUGGGAAAUCGAACAGGAAGAGUUCACUCCUUAUGACACAGAGAACACUUAUAAUAAAAGUGAAAUUGUCACAGAUUCUGGCUUAAAGGUUCCAGGGUUCACUGAGACCAACCAGAUGUUCAACGAUAAGAGAAAUGAGGUCAUCAAGAAAUCUGUAGCUGAAGAAAUGAAACGAAUGGAAGAGUCUGAAGGAGAAGGAGAGGGAGAUUAUGAGCAAGAGGAAGAGGAAGAUCAGAAUCCUAGAGAUAAAGCCAGAGCAAUUGAAGAUAAGGUUUAUAGACAACUCAACACUGAAGGGAUGGAGUAUUUGAAUUCAAUCGCUGGAAGAUAUCCUCUUGGAUACAGACACUAUGAAAAUUAUGAAGUUUAUGUCCUCAAAUUCCCAGAAAGAUCCCUCCAAGACUACAUUGAUGAUAUGAAUAGAGAGGUUACCUUUGAAGAAUACUUCGACCUUUCCCUUACAACUCUGAGAUUCCUUGUGAGAUCUAACGCUAAAAUAAGAAUGGAGGUAAUCGAUCUUACUGAUGGACAUCCAGAAAGAAUUGAGUGGAUUUUAAACUCUAAUGAGAUUAAGGAAAGAAUGAGAGAUGAAUUCAAUCUAAAAUUGAGACAAUACUAUGCUAUCAAAGACACAUUUAAGCUUGUAGAUGCUUUGGAAGAGUUCAUGGAAAUGGGAUUCUAUGGAGAUAUCAGCAAGUAUCCAGAGAAUGCUAAUCACAGGAUCAAUCCUUACCAAAUGGUAUCAUUCCAGAAGUUCUUCAAGGACGCUGACGAACCAAGCCCCCUAAACGUCUACAAAAUCGGCCCUACUGACUUCCCAAACCCUUUCAAAGCCUCUCCCGUGAGAAUGACCACCCAACCUCCAGUCCCCAGAAAAAUCAAGAUGGAGUACAACAAAAAGAUCAGAAGAAUGGGAGGAUCUGCUAUGAACAACUACAAGUUCUACUCCACAAUGGUCAGCAGAGUUGGGCAUACUUUAAACAACCCGAUUGCCUACAUGCCAUUCAAGGUUAAGAAGUAA